UUGAUUGAACCACGAUUGAACCGAUUGAAUCAAUAAACCAAUAAAUCAGUAACUAAAGUGAUUCGAUGACCAAUUCGAUUUUCAGAACUUGACCGCAACAUCAUCCUCACUUGGGCUGAAACUACAACCAUAUUCAUAGGCUCAUAGAAUCGGGAGUAGUAACAGAAACACAGACGCAGUUGAUUCUGAAUGAAGACAGCAGGGAGCAUAUUCCUAAGGACUCACUUCCCCACUCCAACUAAGCUCCUCUUCCUUCCUCUUACAAAUCCCAAACACUCCCUCUCCCUAAUUCCCAUUUCCAUAUCCUUCACCCGCUUCUCAUCCACCAAUCCCAAUCCAAUCUUAUACGGACCUUCCCUCCACAAAGGAACCGCUCCAACACUUCAACGCCCCCAAAACGAUACCCUUCUCACCCUCCGUGAAGAUGCCUUCACUCGCGUCUUCCACCUCUCUGCCCUCCGUGUCCCCUCCGCCCACUGCUCCGCCUUAGAGACUCGCCUCCGCGGCCACCUCCUCAACUGGCCUCGUGUUCGCAACAUCGCUCGCGUCCCCGGUGAUGACCUCGAUCCCGACCUCGCUUCGCUAGUUACCUCCGGAGAAUCAGGAGGAGGAGAAGAAGGACACGUGUCAUUGCAGCGACGGAUUUACGGCCAAGCCGAGGGAGACAGCGACAUUUUGAGCCCGGUUCUGUACAGAGAGAAGCUCGCAAGGACGUUCAAUACGCGUGGCUUCGUGAAGUUCAGGAACCUGGCGAAGAUAUCGAGGCCGCCGAAGAGGAAGAAGAAGAAGAAGGAGGACGAGGAGGUGAAAGUCGAGAGGCGCACGGGGAAGAACGAUUUUGCUACGGUGGAGGUUGUUGAAGAGGACGAUAAUGGAGGGGGUAUUUUGGGGAAUUUGGUUGAGGAAGAGUUUGGGAGGGAGAAGUGGAGGGGCUCCACGAGGUUGCUGUUGCUGGAUGAACG